AUGUCUUCUAACGGAGGAACGUCUACCUCAGUGCAAGUUGCGCUAAGGAUCAAGCCCCUUACACAAGAUGAUUUAAUCAAUUUACCAGCAAGAUUUCAACGUCAAGUUAUAUCGGUUUCUCCUUAUAAUCAAAAUCAAAUAGUUGUUGAUACGGAAAAGAGGCAAAUCUUUCAAUUUGAUCAUGUUUUUGCCCCUGAAUCUACCCAACAAGAAGUUUAUGAAAGAGCUAUUGGGAAUAUGAUUACAAAAUUUUUGGAGGGUUAUAAUGUGACUAUUUUGGCAUAUGGUCAGACUUCUUCUGGAAAGACUCAUACAAUGGGAACUGCUGAUGAUAGCACUUUACCUCCUGAAUCAAAAGGAAUAAUUCCACGUACAAUGAAUUCGCUUUUUUCUUUGGUGAAUUCUGGGCAAUACAAAUCUCAUAAAUUCUCAAUAAAAGUUUCGUUUAUUGAGAUUCAUAAUGAAGAUUUGAUUGAUCUUCUUGGUGAGGGUAAUGAGGAAGAAAGACCUCCUGUCAUGAUACGUGAAGAUUCUAGGGGUAAUAUAUAUUGGACUGGAUUACAAGAAUUAAAAGUUAAUAAUGUAGAUGAAGUUAUGGACCAUUUAUCCCGUGGUUCAUUGAACCGACAGGUCGGUGUUACUGAUAUGAACUCUAAAUCCUCUCGCUCUCAUGCAAUAUUCUCUGUCACGAUGGUGCAACAAAAAUUCAUCCCUCAUAACUGUAUUUCGGCCGGUCAACCUGUUACGUCUCCUCCUAGUUCAAGGCCUGGAACUCCUGCUUCUUCUAGAUUUGGAAGUCAACCUUCUUCAAGAACAAAUUCAAGUCUAGAUAAAUUCGAUGAUGGUGAAUGGGUUACAAUAGCUAGUAAAUUCCAUUUCGUCGAUUUGGCUGGAAGUGAACGUUUAAAACGUACUGCUGCAAGCGGUGAUCGUGCAAGAGAAGGAAUUUCCAUAAAUUCUGGUUUACUUGCUUUGGGAAAUGUAAUUUCAGCUCUUGGUGAUCCUAGCAAAGCAAGACAUACUACCCAUGUACCUUAUAGAGAUUCUAAACUUACUCGUUUAUUACAAGAUUCUCUUGGUGGAAAUGCCCAAACAUUAAUGAUUGCUUGUGUAUCUCCCAUUGAAUAUAAUAUUAAUGAAACUAUUAGCACUCUUAAAUAUGCUAAUCGUGCGAGAAAUAUCAAAAAUAUUGCUUCUGUAAAUCAAGAAGAAGCUGGUUGGAAUGAUGUUACUCAUUUACAAAAUUUAGUCUUAAAACUUCGAAGUGAAAUUUCUACUUUAAAAGCUGCUGCUGCUCAAAAUUCUCAAAGAUCUCAAGAUGGUGGUUCUAUUAGUCCUGAAAAAGUUUCUCAAUCUCCUUUUGUAACUGGUCUUAAACAUUCUUCUUCCGGUUUUUCAGAAAAAAAUUCUUCUGCUGCUAAAAUUCCUGGAAGGUGUGGUAGGGAAACUCCCUCUAGAAUACCACCUACAUCUCCUUCAAAUACUUUUAAUCACAAUAAUUUGAAUAAUAUGAAUAAUAUUAACCCUGGUCAACAAAGAGAUAGAGAUUAUGAGGCUUUGGAAGAUCAAUUAUUGCAAUUAAAACGUUCUUAUUCUGAAUUAUCUCAAAAAUAUGCAAAAACUUCGGCUGAAUUAGCAUUACAUCAAGAUAAUUAUGAUGAAAUGGAAUUCUUAAAGAAUACUUGUCCCGGAAUAAAAUUAAGAGUGGUUUCUGAACAAGAGAUAGAACAAUUUGAAAAGACAAUAUCUUCACUCGAAAGUAAACUUGCAAUCACUAGUGCUGCUUUAUCUCAUACUGAAUCUAAGUUAAAAGAACAAGAAAAUCUAAUAGAAGGUGAUGAUUCUACAAAUCAACAAAACAAAGAUUUAGUUUCUAAUCUUCAAAAAUAUAUUAAAGAACUUGAAUCAAAACUUCAAAAACGUGAAAUUGAUGCUCGUAUUGCUGCAUCUCGUGAUAAUCAUCCUGAAAAAUUCAUUAGUGAAACUAUACAACAUUUGGAAUCAAGACUUAAAGAAAAAGAAGAUGCUUAUAAUGAACUCGAAGAAAAAUUAAAUAAUCUUCAAGUCGGUGAUCCUAAUAAUGAGUCUCCUGAAAAUGAUAAAAUUACUCGUCUUGAAGCUAAAUUAGAAUUUCUUAGCAAUGAAGUAAAUAAACUUAGGAGUCUAGGUAUCAAGUUGGGUCCGGAUGAUCGUCCGGAAAGUUAG